UUUGCUUUGGAAACUUGAAGUCGCUGAUGAUAAAAUGGAACAAAGAGAAGGGAGAAAAAUAGAGGAAGAGAAAGGUGGUUAUCACUCUGAAAGUCCAGAAUUAGAACGUCCCAACAUGAAUCUUGUUCUGUGUGGCAAAGAUGGGACAUUAAAAUCCUCCAUAUCAGAGCUGAUCAUGCAGCAGAAAGACAGAAGAUCAGAGUGUGUGAAGAAAGAGAAGAUUCAUGAUUGUGUGAUCAGACUGGUGGAGCUUCCAGCUGUCCAUCAUCUCUCAGAGGAGGAAGUGAUGCGUCAGACUCUCCACUGUGUGUGUCUCUGUGAUCCUGGAGUUCAUGUUUUCCUCCUCAUUGUUCCUGUUGCUCCACUGACUGAUGAAGACAAAGCAGAAGUAGAGAAGAUCCAGAAGAUAUUUGACUCCAGAGAGCAUUUCGUGGUGCUCUUCACCUCAGAUCUCAGUGUUGAAGAUCCAGUGACAGACCUGAUAAAAUCCAGCCCAGAAUCUCUGAGGUUGAUCAGUCUCUGUGGAGGUCAGUACAGAGUGAUUGGGUUAAAGGAGUCCGAAAACUCACAACAGAUCCCAGAACUGCUGGAUUAUAUAGAGAAGAUGAAGACUGAACCAUAUUCACCACAAAUGUAUGUGAAAGCUCAAGAGAACAGAGCCAGACGUGAAGCAGAGGAGAAAUAUGAAGAAGAACUGAAAAGAAUGGAGAAAAAAAUAGAUGAAUUAGAGCAGAAGAUUCAACCAGAAGGAGCUGAAGGUGAAGCAGAUGAUCAGAAGUGUUUGAGGAUUGUGCUGAUCGGGAAGACAGGAAAUGGAAAGAGUGCAACAGGAAACACUAUUCUGGGAAGAAAGGAGUUUGUGAGUAAAGCAAAAUCAGAUUCAGUGACGACUGUGUGUCAGAAGGGAGUUGGUGAAGUUGAUGGUCGAUCAGUCGCUGUUGUUGAUACUCCAGGACUCUUUGACACGACACUGACAAAUGAUCAAGUGCUGGAAGAAAUAGAGAAAUGUGUUUCAAUGUCGUCACCUGGACCUCAUGUGUUCAUCAUUGUGUUAAGUUUGGCAAGAUUUAUCCAGGUAGAAUCAGACACUGUAGAUCUGAUAAAGAAGAUGUUUGGUCCAAAAUCUGCUCAGUUCAGCAUCGUCCUGUUCACCAGAAGAGACGAUCUUGAGGAUGAAUCUAUAGAGGAUUAUGUGAGGGAAAGUAACUCUGCAGAACUGAAGAAACUGAUCAGAGAUUGUAAAAACAGAUUCCUGGCUUUCAAUAACAAAGAUCAACUAGACAAAACUCAAGUAACUCAACUGUUGAACAUGAUAGAAGAAGUGAGAAACACCAAUGAGGGUCGAUACUUCACUAACAGCAUGUUUGAGGAGGCAGAGAUGUCCAUUAAAAAGAGGAUGGAGGAAAUACUGAAAGAGAGAGAAAGAGAAAUUCAAGUGGAACGCGAGGCAUUAAAAGCAAAAUAUGAGAUGGAAAAGGAAAAUAUGAUGAAGAGUCUCAGGGAAGAAAAACAAAGAGCAGAUUCAGAUCAAAAAGAGGAAACAUUCAGAAGAGAGUUUGAAGAAAAAAUAAAAUCAGAACAGAAGAAACGAGAGAUGGAAAACCAGAAACGAUCAGAAGAGGAAGAACAGCAAAGAGCUGAAUAUCAUCGAAAAAUAGAAGAGAUGAAGAGAGAGAUUGAAAAUCAGAGAUUACAGUAUGAAAAACAGCUAAAAAAAAGAGAAGAAGAAGAUAGAAAGAGAGAAGAGAAAUACAGAAGAGAUCAAGAAAAGAUGAAAAAUGAACAAGAACAAAUUAUAGCAGAAUUACAGAUUAAACAAGAAGAAGAAACUAAAAAGAGAGAUUUGAAGGAGAAAAGAAGGAUUGAACAAGAAGAGAAAGAAAGACAAGAAUGGGAGAGAAAAAUAAAAGAGGCAGAAAAUGACAGAAGAGAGACUAAAGAGGAAAUUAAACGACAGCAGAGAGAAUGGGAGGAUGAAAAGAAACGACAGAUGAGAGAACGAGAAGAAGAAGAAAGAAAGAGAAAAGAGAGACAUGAGGACCAACUGAGAGAAAAACAAGAAGAACUGGAGAAAAUGAGAAAGAAAUUUGAGAGAGAGAGAGAAGAAGAAAGAAAGAAUAUAGAGGAGGAGAUACAGAAACAAAGAAAAAUUAGAGAAGAAAAAGAGAGAGAAUAUGAAGAAAAUGAAACUGAAAUGGAAAGAUAUUAUGAACGAUUGGAACAUGAGAGAAAAAAGGAGUGGGAGAGAAGAAAACUAGAAGAUGAUGAAAGAAGAGAAGAAGAGAGAAAGAGAUGGAAGAAAAGGAUUGAAGAUCUGAAACAAGAACGAGACAAAGAGAUCAUGAAAAGAGAAGAGGAAGAUGAUGGAAUCGAACAAGAAGAAAAAAAAUUAGAUGACAUGAAAAAGGAAUAUGAAAAGAAAUUAAAAAAUGUGAGGAAGCAAUAUGAAGAUGAAGCCCGAAAACAAGCAGAGUUUUAUGAGUCCAAAGAGAGACAGUUGCAUCAUGUUCUCGAGCUCGGUGAGAUGCUUAAAGAGCGUGAAAAACAACAUAAAAUACUGGUAAAAGUCUAUAAAAACCUGCAGGCCCAGAAAGGAGGAGAAAUAAGAGAGCUACAAAGAGAAGUUAAAGAGCUGACAAAGCAAACACAAGGAUGUGUUAUUAUCUUGUUUGAGAGGCAUGCUGGGUUGGUGUUGGAGAGAUGUGUGGUGGUCACGAACACUCCUGAUCUGUUCAAUCCUGCUCUCUCUCCUGAAGAACAAGACUUGAAGAGAUUCUUCCGUUUGGCUUUUCCUGGACCUCAUGCUCUUCUGAUGGUCCUCAAGCCUGGAAAAUUUACAGAUCUAGAGAAAGAUACCCUUAACCUCAUUGACAUAAUGUUUGGUGCAGGUGCAUCUGAGUAUGUGAUUGUGGUCUUAAUGCAUGAGGAGCAAGAGUAUGUGAACAUGCAAGAGCUUGACACCGUCAGCAGAGCUGUGGAGUCUCUCCAACAGACCUGCAGACGACCACUCCAUCAUCUACAGAGGAAUGGAGACCAAACACAGGUGCAGACACUUCUGGAGAGCAUCGAUAAAAUGGUGGAAGAAAAUGGAGGCCAUUACUUGAAGAUCCCUGAAGAAUUGAGGGCUGUCCUCAUAAAACAGGUUCCUUCAGCUACAGCCAGCACUGCGAAGAGCCUGGAGGAUGUGAGAAUCGUUCUGAUUGGAAAAACUGGAGUGGGAAAAAGUGCAACCGGAAACACCAUCCUGGGACGAGACAUGUUUCAAUCAAAGGCCAGCAUGAAGUCUGUGACCAGGAUCUGCCAAAGAGAGAGAGGAUACGCUUGCGGUCGACCCGUGAGUGUUGUGGACACACCAGGACUCUUCGACACAAGCCUCAGCAAUGAAGACAUUCAACAGGAGAUCAUGAGAUGCAUUGAACUAUCGGCUCCUGGACCUCACGUGUUUCUGCUGGUCAUCGCUGUCGGCCCCAUCACACAAGAAGAGAGAGACACACUUCAGCUCAUCAAGAUGACCUUCGGGCAGAAAGCGGAGACCUACACUAUGGUGUUGUUCACUCGAGGAGACAAUCUAGAUGAAAGUAUUGAAGACUACGUUAAAGAAGGAGAUCCACACGUCCAACAACUGAUCCACGACUGUGGAGGAAGAUUUCAUGUGUUCAAUAAUAAACAGAAGGAUCCUGCUCAGGUCGUGAGUCUGUUAAAGAAGAUCGAUAAGAUGAUGUGGGAUAACGAUGCCAGUUUCUAUAGCAAUAAAAUGUUUCAAGAGUUCAAUAAAGAGAGAGAGGAGAAGGUUAUGCAAGAGAUGGAGACCAUUAAAGCCAAAUUUGAGUCUGAAAUCAAAGAAAUUCAAGACAAAUUAGAGGAGGAAAGAGCUAAACUUAAAAUUAGAGAUCUUCUGCUCUUGGAGAAAGAAAACAAACUAUUAAGAAAGUAUCGAACAAAACAAAUGACAGAUACUGAACAAACAGAAGAGCAAUUGUCUGUGACCAAGCAAGAGACGAGAAUAAUGCAGAAGGAGUACAUGAAAAUUAAAGACUCUGAAACUGAGAUCAGAUCAGAUGAGUCUCUAUUACAGUCCUGCAAACACUUUCAGAAGAAAGGAGAAAAGAAACGUUGUGAGAGGAUUAGGAUGAUAUUGGAGGAGAAUGGAAACCCUCACCUGACUACAGCCGGCAAAGAGAGAAGCCUGGAGUGUGUGAGAAUCGUUCUGAUUGGAAAAACUGGAGUGGGAAAAAGUGCAACUGGAAACACCAUCCUGGGACGAGACAUGUUUCAAUCAAAGGCCAGCAUGAAGUCUGUGACCAGGAUCUGCCAAAGAGAGAGAGGAUACGCUUGCGGUCGACCCGUGAGUGUUGUGGACACACCAGGACUCUUCGACACAAGCCUCAGCAAUGAAGACAUUCAACAGGAGAUCAUGAGAUGCAUUGAACUAUCGGCUCCUGGACCUCACGUGUUUCUGCUGGUCAUCGCUGUCGGCCCCAUCACACAAGAAGAGAGAGACACACUUCAGCUCAUCAAGAUGACCUUCGGGCAGAAAGCGGAGACCUACACUAUGGUGUUGUUCACUCGAGGAGACAAUCUAGAUGAAAGUAUUGAAGACUACGUUAAAAAUGGAGAUCCACACGUCCAACAACUGAUCCACGACUGUGGAGGAAGAUUUCAUGUGUUCAAUAAUAAACAGAAGGAUCCUGCUCAGGUCGUGAGUCUGUUAAAGAAGAUCGAUAAGAUGAUGUGGUAUAACGAUGCCAGUUUCUACAACGACAAAAUGUUUCAGGAGGCCGAGAGAGCAUUCAGACUCAUGCAGAUCAAUAGAGAGAGAGAGGAGGAGGUCAGACGACAGAUGGAGGCCAUUAAAGCCAAAUAUGAGUAUGAAAUUCAAAAAAUGCAAGACAAACUAGAGAAGGAAAAAAUAAAAGGAAAGGUUAGAGAUCUUCUGCUCAUGGAGAGAGAGAGCAAACCAUUGAGGAAUUAUCAAACAGGAAGGAAGAGAGACAGCGGAGCCACAGCGGACAUUGAACAAGCACAAGAUCCACUUGGAUCUACAGUUCCUCUUGAGAAAAUUAACAAUGGAGAGAAAGAGCUUUCAGGAAAAACAGAUCCAGCACAAGAAGCAGCUGGAGGAGAAUUUAAUCGAAAUGAAAAGAAAUCCACAAAAAAAGUGAAUAAGUUUGGAUUAUUUCUUAAAAAAGGAGGAAGGCAAAAGGAAAAGUCUCAAAAGAGGAUGGAAGAGAGUGAAGAAAAUAAAACAAAAAUCAGUGAGGAGAACAGCAAAGAAAAAAAACAUGCAGACACAGAUCAGAAUAUCAAAAAAAACACUGGCAUGUCCAGGGAAGAAAAAAAUAAAACCGGAGAUCAGACUGACCCAAAGAAUGAGAACGAAAAACAAUAUUUGCCUAAAAAUCCUAGAGAUGAGAGAGAAAUUAAUAAAAAUAAACUCCUGCAUGAACAGUACAAGGAAAUUGAAGAAUGCAAGCAGAAGAUGGAGGAGAUCAAGAGAAGAUACAAAGAGAUUGAAGAAAUUCAUGCAGCAGAACUCAAGAAAAUGAAAAAAAGACACGCUGAUAACAUUACCAACUGGAAUACAAAACAUGGAAACUGUGUGGUUCAGUAA